AUGGCGUGCACUCAUGCGGCAUGCCCGCUAUUCGGCGCACUGCCCGCAUCGGCCGAUGAGCUGGGCCGCUGCCGGCGCUGCGGGCAGGGGCUGCCCGGCAGUCGCUUCGCAGCCACCCUCGCACCAGCAGCGGCGGGCGGGGCCACUCCGGGGGCGCGUGCCGGGGGCGCCGCGCUGGCGAAUGCACCGGUGCCGCCAGGACUGCCUCCUCCUGAGCCCCAGCAGAGCCACACCGGCCUGACACAGGAGAUGCGGCAGAUCGAGCUGGACACUGCGUCAGUUGCGUUGGGCGCCAUCGAGAUUGACGACGUCGACGACGACGACGACGACAUCACGAGCAGCAACGACAUGUUCGCCAGGCACUGCGAGACGAUCAUUCUGCACCACUUCGAGCUGCUGCAGGCCCAGGCAGCGACGGGCCCGUCGGCUACCCCUCUCCGUCUUCGCUCGGAGUUGCACGCUUGGGACGAUCUGCAUGGCCUUCUCCGGCAAGUCGGGCUCGACCCUGACGAGCCUGAUGUCUGGCGUCGCCUCGGCCGGCUGGCACUGGAAGGGAUGGAGCCCACUGCGAAGGACAUCGUUCGCAGCGCGGAUUGGGCCGCCCAGCUUCUCGACAUAGCAAUGGGCUCCACCUGGACAGCGAGUGAUAUGGAGGCGGUCGGGGCUGCGAAGCUACGAUAUGAGGCAGCCCGCGAGGCCUGCCUGACGGCCCUCCCGGACUUGCUCCAAGCGCGCCGGCGGCACAAGCAGAGGCCUGUGCCCCUCUACAUGGAGCUGGGCCCGGUUGCCCUCGACCUGCUCUGCCCCCCGGGUGGAGCACCAGGGGAGCAGUGCCUCACCCAGCUGUCUCGCGUGCUGACGGCCACCGGCUCGACGGAAGCCAAGGUGCAGCAGGACCGGGAAACGACAUCCAAGUUGUACGCGGGCGACGUGGCGACUCUGCAGGGUCUGCCCUGCGGCGCCGUACUGUGGGCGCCCACGGACGCGGCAGCCCUCGGUCGACUCCGUUCGGCUCUGCUGCGUCACUGCGGGGAUGUUCCAGACUUCCGAUGCCGACUUUUGUCCACCCUUCCCACCUUCCAGGGUUGUUCCGAUGUGGACUCGCACAUGGACAUGUGUUGGAGCCCGCUCAUGGGCCCUCAAUGGGCUGGCCUGGUCAAGUCGAUCGAGUUGUUGCCCCGGCCAUUGCAGAUGGUGUCCACGGGCUCGGCAGGGCCCGUGGUCGGCAAUCACGGCCUCAUCAUCGCCACAGUCGCCGGCAAGGUCACCGUCUCGCUCCCGAAGCUUUUCGUUGAGGCGGCCCCGCUAUUCACCAUGGAGUUGGGCGAGACCUACUACGCGGACAUGGCGAUGGAGGACGUCACGACCACGUUGGCGACGCUGCGGCGAGGGCUCGCCCCGCUUCGAGCGACCCUGGGGGACUCGGAGAGAAGCCCUGUUCACCUCAAGACGGCCCCUCGGAUCCAGAUCCCCAUCCACUUCCCGACAGGUGUCUCCCGUCUCGACAUCGACUUGCAUAUGCGUCAUCUGCGGACUCGCCGGGCGGAUCGUCUGGCGCAGUCGGUGCACAUCGGCGGCCAGCAUCUCUACACCGACCCUGGCUGCCAUAUCCUCGAGGUCACGGGGCCGGAGGCGUUCGGCAAGGCCUGGCCGCACUGCAAGGAGCUCCUGGCCUACACCUCAGACCGGGCGUUGGCCAUCGUGGAGGGGAGUGCGGACCAGUGGAAGACAAUCAUGAACCACAUCUUGCAGGAGGAUCCAGAGGUGUCGCUCCUGCGACUCCGCUGGCGGCCCUCCAACCGUACGCAGGGUGGACGUCCAUGGGCUUACCCGUCGGCGUCGCCUCAGCAGCUGGCGGCGGUUCGCCGGGAAGCCCGGAAAGGCAGGGGAGUGGUAGGAUUGGUCAAGCCGGAGGCCGAGGUCAAGGUUCUCGGCCACAUGGGGGCGAAUCCGCAGGCCGUCGUGCAGAAGCUGAUAGAGGUUCUCGGCCACCACUCCGGGCUGGCGCUGACGGAGUCCGACGUGGGGCCACAGCCCACUGGCCCUACUUGGACGUGGCUGGCGAAGGAGAACCCGGCCGCGGCUACAGGGAGAGUGCGCGUGCAUCUUGACACCGACGACCAAGCGCGCAGGUUCACGCAGGCGGUGCACGGACGAGCGAUCCAGUUGGGGGCCGAUUUGGUCAGCCUGGAGUGCACGACGGACUUGCAGGACCUGGAGGGCAACGGCCUGCUCAACACGCUCGCCGCGACUGUCCGCGGCGAGCCUGGGCCCGGUGGCAACGCGAGUCAUCGACGAGCACGGCAUCACCUCUUGGUGUCUGGAUGUCGUGCUCUCCUGCCGCCGGAUUGCAUUGCAUGCGAAUUCAUCUUCAUGUUCGCUUGGGACUUCAUCUGCGACUACACUUGGGACUGCAUCUACAACUACACGGGGGAGGGCAUCAACGGCUCAGGCGGUUACUUCUUCUUCCUCUUCAUCUUCCGCUUCAG